GUAUAUUUUGUAAAUUGUAAAGAACUUAAAUAAAAUGUCAACAUUAAAUGAAGAAGAAGAAGAAAAUGAUGAAAUUAAUACACGAACCAACUUAGUGGCCAACCCAGCACCUGCUAAACAAAGCAAAUCAAAGUUCUGUCUUGGACUAUUCUUGCUUCUAGUGGUUGAUAUAAUAUGGGUGGCAUCAUCUGAAGCCUCACGGUACUUGUUCAAGGACAUUCACUAUGAUAAACCAUACAUGAGCACUUAUAUAAAAACAUCAAUGUUUUCAAUAUAUUUAAUGGGUUUCAUUCUCUAUGCACCAUGGAGAAGGCAGUGCAUAAGAUGUGCGUGUGAUGACUAUCCUGGACAAUAUCAACUGGUUCGUGAAACUGAUACCGAAGAUACAGAUUCUGAAUAUCAAUCCAAGAACUCCUUGGUAUUUAUGAGUGAAUCAAUUUAUGUUCCGACCAAACUCCCGUCUGCAUCUGAGUUAGAUAGCAGCGAUGGAGAGAAAAAAAGUAAAAAUCGCGUCAAGUUUAAUCAUGUGAUGGAAGUACGACAUUUGGAAGACACAGAAGAAACAAAGAUGGCGCGCAUGAACUAUGGAGCUGCAUUAAGAGCAAAGUUUCGAUCAAAAUCUAAGAAAGGAAAACUGACAGUUCCUCAAGUUAUGAGGAUCAGUUUCUUCUUUUCUGUUGUUUUCUUUAUUGGUAAUGUAGCUUACCAAGAAGCAUUAGCUGUAUCUGAAGUUUCUUUGGUCAACGUAUUAUCUUCAACUUCUGGUUUAUUCACGUUGAUUCUCGCUGCAUUGUUUCCAAGUGGUUCAAGCGACCGAUUCACACUUUCAAAGUUGUGCGCUGUAUUAUUAUCAAUUGCUGGUAUUACAAUGGUUGGACUUGGAGCAAGCAACACCGAUAUUCAAAGUCUUUUUAAUUUCAACAACUCAUCUCUUGGAAUACUGUGGUCAUUAAUUGGAACAUUUUGUUACGCACUUUAUCUUGUUUCGCUCAAAAAAUCUGUGGGUUCAGAUGAUAAUUUGGACGUUCCAAUGUUCUUUGGAUUUGUUGGUAUGUUCAGUUUCACAUUAUUAUGGCCUGGUAUGGUGGCUCUGCAUUAUGCUGGUGUUGAACCGUUUGAAUUACCAAACAAAACAAGUAUUAUACUUGUGCUUGUGAAUGGAUUGGUGGGAACUGUCAUUUCAGAAUUACUGUGGAUAUGGGGUUGUCUACUAACAUCGUCACUCAUAGCAACCAUGUCAUUAAGUCUCACCAUUCCACUCAGUAUAACACUGGAUAUCGUGUUUAGAAAGAUUCAAUUUUCAUGGUUAUUUUACGCUGGUGUUGGGCCAGUAUUUGCUGCCUUCCUAUGCGUGACUUACCUUUGUCAUAAACCUGAAAGUGAUCCCAUACUUACUUUAAUUAAGAAGUUGUGUUCAUGCCUUUGCUGUUGCUGCAGAAAAAAAAAAAGUGAUGCAGAUCAUGAACAAGAGAUCCCUCUCACAUCUAUGGAACCCACAUGAUAAUUAGUACAAUGUUUUGACUAGUAACAGCUACACAUUUAACUGCUUUAUAUUCUGCCAGACCCAUUGGAGUAGGGUGGGGUAAGAUGGGACAGGUUUUUAUCUUCUUUUUUGCGUCUCACUUGUUAAUUGAUUAAAUCACGAUCAGGAAAAACUGGAUUUUGGUUCUAAUAGUAUCCCAUCUUACCCCACAGUAUUAUAUAACAGUUAAUAUACUUUUUGUAUCACAUGCACAAUGUAUAGACAACAUAAACACAUUUACUGCGGCACCAUAUUAAUGCUUUUAAUUAUAUGUGCAAUUUUGUGUAGCGUGUAGUACAUACCACAGCCGUAUUUUAUUAGUUUUACAAAUUUUUAUUGUGAAUAUGUGAAUAGACUAUUGUGUGAACGGAAAUAUAUUGAACAAGACAAUUUUUAGUGUGGGUAUAUUUCA